GCGAGCCAGUUUCAGGACAGUGCCUGGGACUGAUCCGAGGUGCUUAUGUCUUCGGACACGGGGAGGGGAAGGGGCGGUUCCGUCCUGAUUCAGGCUACAUAAGCAGCCCCACCACCCGGGAUCCAGCCCCUCCACUCCAGCCGUGAUGAGGAUCCAGUUUGCUCCUCUCCGUAUCCCCCUGGAACGCAGGCUGCAGACUCUGGGGGUCUUCCAAUGGAUAUUCUCGUUCCUGGGUCUGGCCCAGUGCUGCCUCGUCGCCUUUGUUCUGCUCCUGUUCACCGACUACUGGCUCGCUGCCGUGCUCUACGCUGGCUGGCUCUACCUGGACCGAGAGACGCCAUCUAGCGGCGGGCGGAGGUCAGCGUGGGUCCGAAACUGGGUCAUCUGGAGAUGCUUCAGCGAAUACUUCCCCAUUACGCUGGUGAAGACGGCAGAACUGGACCCAAAAUACAACUACCUGUUCGGCUUCCAUCCCCACGGCAUCCUGGUGGCCGGAGCGUUCGGGAACUUCUGCACCGAGGCAACCGGUUUUUCCCGGCUAUUCCCGGGGCUCACCUCCUACCUGCUGAUGCUGCCCUUCUGGUUCAGGGUGCCUUUCUACAGGGAGUACAUCAUGUGUGGAGGUCUGGUCUCCUCAGACAAGCAGAGCGCCAAUCACAUCCUGAGCCAGCCGGGUGGGGGUCAAGUGGCAGUAUUGGCAGUGGGUGGCCCCCCAGAGUCACUGGAUGCACGGCCGGGGGCACUCACCCUCAGCCUCCUUGCCAGGAAGGGCUUCAUCAAGAUGGCACUGAAGACUGGGGCUCAGCUGGUGCCAGUGUUUUCCUUUGGUGAGAAUGAGCUGUUUAACCAAGUGGAGAACCCCCCGGGAUCCGCACUGCGGGUAGUCCAGGAGAGGCUGCAGAAGAUGAUGGGGCUGGCAAUGCCACUGUUCCAUGCCCGCGGCAUAUUCCAGUACAGCUUCGGUCUGAUCCCUUUCAGAAAACCUAUCUACACUGUCGUGGGCAAACCCAUUCCAGUGGAGCAGAACCUCAGCCCCUCCCACAGCGACAUCGAGAGACUCCACAAGCUGUACCUGGAUCACCUCACCCGCCUGUUCGAGGAACACAAGACCCAGUAUGGCAUCGCAGAGGACAGCCACUUGGUGUUUAUAUAGCAGAGGCUACACCUUCCCGGGAUGUCAAGUCCAACCGGUAGACCCCAGAACCAAGCCUCAGUCCUUCCGCCUCACCUUGAUUGUAAUAAAUCAGACCACUGUCAUUAUCUCAAA